UCUCUUGUAGGUCAUUGAAAGGCAUUAUGGCCUCUCCCUGGGUGUGUGGUCGGAGAGGUCUGCUCCCCUGUCAGCCAACAGCACUGAAGAAGAAGAGUUCACGGACCCAGGACAACACCCUGCUGUGAUCAUGUACUGGUCGCUGUCAGUGGCAGUCUUCUCCAUUGGUGGCAUGCUGUCCUCCUUCCUGGUGGGAUUUGUGGGAGAUCUGAAAGGGAGGGUAAAGGGCAUGUUAAUGGUCAAUGUACUGGCUGUAGCUGCUGGACUACUGAUGGGUCUUUGCAGAAUGUGGAAACCUCACAUCAUGGUCAUCGCUGGCCGUGCUGUCAUGGGUUUUUACUGUGGGUUGACAUCCGGGCUUGUGCCUAUGUACAUAGGGGAGAUUGCACCCAAAGCUUACAGGGGAGCUCUGGGAGCAUUACACCAGCUCGCUGUUGUUGUUGGCAUCCUUAUCAGUCAGGUAAUAGGCUUGGACUUUGUUCUGGGCAAUGAUACAAUGUGGCCCUUGUUGCUCGGCCUGUCUGGAUCUCCAGCAGUUUUACAGAGUUUUCUGCUACCUCUGUGCCCUGAGAGCCCUCGGUACCUUUAUAUUCUACGGGGCCAAGAGCAAGAGGCUCGAAAAAGUCUGCUUCGUUUCAAGGGGGCGUAUGAUCCUUCUGCUGAUCUGGAGGAGAUGAAGAGAGAGAAAGAUGAGGCAGACAAGGAGGCUAGAGUCUCGAUCCUUUCUUUGAUCCGCUCCUCUGUGUACAGACAGCAGCUGCUUGUUGCUCUCAUGAUGCAUCUCUCCCAACAGUUGUCUGGCAUCAACGCUAUUUUUUAUUAUUCUACGAGUAUCUUCGAAGGGGCUGGCGUGGAAAAUCCAGUCUAUGCCACUAUAGGAGUCGGAGUCAUAAACACAGUCUUCACACUGGUGUCUGUUGCACUGGUGGACAGAGUAGGCAGACGCACGCUGACUCUGGUUGGUCUGGGAGGGAUGUGCUGCUGUGCUGUUGCUAUGACUGUGGGCCUUAAAUUCCAGAGUGAUUAUUCCUGGAUGAGCUAUGUCAGCAUGGCAUCUAUCUUUCUCUUCGUGAGCUUCUUCGAGGUUGGUCCUGGUCCCAUUCCAUGGUUCAUAGUUGCUGAGCUGUUCAGCCAGGGACCUCGACCAGCGGCCAUCGCUAUUGCAGGCUGCUGCAAUUGGACCAGCAACUUCAUCAUAGGCAUGACCUUUCCCUAUAUACAGGCUUUGUUGGGUGUUUAUGUGUUCGCGCUGUUUGCCGUUCUGCUUUUCUGCUUCACCUUGUUUAUUUAUUUUCGGGUCCCUGAGACCAAAGGCAAGAGUUUUGAGGAGAUUGCUGCUGUCUUCCAAAAGGGACGGAAAAAGAGCCUCAAAGAUGCUGCUGAACUGCAGCAGCUCAAAACGUCGUCAGAUGCUUGAAAUGACAGCUAUGUGCAGCUUUGUAAAAUCUAUCAGUAUGCAUGGGAUUAGAAAUCUGGCAGUAUUUUAAUGUGAUGUGUUUGUGCACAUUUAUGCUCAUAGUAUUAUAAUUUUUGAUAAUUGAGGUUGAAAUAUUUACACAGGUUAACAUUGUUUCAUAUUGCACAUAAUGACAGCUGCACAAAAAGACCACAUUUCCGUUAUACUGUAUGGAGUUUUGUUUACAUUAAAUCGCAAUAGAGACCUUAAAUGCAGUAUUCCUAUGGCUUAAAUAGGCUACUAUCAAUAUAAGAUGACUUUUUUUGGAAAUGUUCAGCUUGUUUAACUGAAGCUUCAGUAAGUUUGUAUCUGACUUUGCAUUUACCUUCAACUCUGCUGAACUCAAGUGUUUUUGUUAUGUUGCUUUCAGGCUUUAGAGUGUUUUUUUACAGCCUGCUCUCGACAACUGUCAGCACUGUGGGCAGCAACUAAUCUCCAGAAACAGACAUUAAACUUCCUCCAGAGCAGCAAAUGGCAAGCAAACAUGGGUUUAAAAGGCAGGUGAAUAUAGUGGAACAUUUAGGAUCUGAAGAGGGAGAUUUUUCUUUAACUGAGGAGAUAAAAGGAGAAAAUUAGUGAAUAGAAUAAACAACUAUAAAAGUGGAGUGAAUGUUGCUGACAGUGGUGGCCAAAACCACUAUUAUAGUCUGUCGUAACAUCAGAGGAGUUUGUAAUCUGUAGGGUGUGAAGUUUCCCAUGUCACUGCUUCUUUCACAGCUUGUUUCUGCUGCCCCUCAGUGGUUUUUAAGCACACAUACUGUAUCAUACCAAAACUGUCAGUUGUACUAUACUGAUAUUUGCACAUAUGGAUAACUCUCUGUACAUUUGGAAUAUAACUGCAUUUUCUGUCCUGAAUUAAAAUCAUGAACCUCCCUCCA